GUAGGCUAUAUCUUAAGUAACUUUUUUAAAAAUCUAUUUCUUAAAAAUCUAUCACUUACCUGCUGUAGCAGGCUACAUCUCGGACUGCAUGGUCUUAAAAAGCAAAAUAACAAUUUAAAAAAUGCGUCUUUGAGGUAAACACAAGCAUACACGGGAGGUAUAGUCACUAGGCGUAUCUGAGCGAGCACAUUACAUAAAACAAACUAACAGCUUAGUGAUAAUCGUGCGCGUGCAGAGCAGUAGGGUUGACGGGAAAGGCAGGAGUGCUCUGCUGUCCUCUGCUGUUGGCUGGCGCUCAGAGAAGCGCUCGUGCUGCAGUUCCUACAAGACCGAAUCAAACGGAACGGUAACCACGGCACAAACAUGACGGCGGGGGAGCGCGGCGCCAGCGAACUGCGGAUCACCGGGUCGCUAUUUGUCAGCCUGUAUUAAAAAAAGGAAAAAAAAGUGAAACGAAUGAGGCGCGAUGAAGACGGUGAUGAAGAUGAUACGCCAGGAAUCAAGCGCGAGACCGUCGAUCGCUCCCCUCGGAUGCUGAUGAUGGUCAGGCGACCUGCGUGAUUUCCUCCCGCUGGAGCUUCGUGGUUCCUUCGCAUCACCUUAUCUGAGUCCCAGCCAACCUGACAGAAUGAUCGAAGAGGGAAGUAAAAGCAGCAAGUCCAUGGUGGAGAAGAGACAGCUCUUCAUGGAGAUGAGGGCACAAAACUUUGAUGUUAUUCGCCUGUCGACAUAUAGGACGGCAUGUAAGCUACGUUUUGUUCAGAAACGAUGCAACCUUCAUCUGGUGGACGUGUGGAACAUGAUUGAAGCUUUCCGUGAUAAUGGGCUUAGCACGUUAGACCACAACGCGGAAAUUAAUGUGUCACGCCUGGAGACCAUUUUGUCCUCCAUCUUCUACCAGCUCAACAAGCGGCUGCCCACCACCCACCAGAUAAACGUGGAGCAGUCAAUCGGCUUGCUGCUAAACUUCAUCGUGGCCACUUAUGACAGUGAAGGCCACGGGAAACUCACAGUGUUUGCUAUGAAGGCAAUGCUAGCUACCAUGUGUGGCGGUAAAAUACUGGACAAAUUACGUUAUAUAUUUUCGCAGAUAUCUGACUCAAAUGGGGUGAUGGUCUUUGCCAAAUUUGACCAGUUCCUGAGGGAAGUCUUGAAGCUCCCCACGGCGGUGUUCGAGGGGCCGUCGUUUGGCUACACCGAGCACUCUGUGAGAACAUGCUUUCCUCAGCAGAAGAAGAUCUUGCUGAAUACGUUUUUGGAUGUGUUGAUGGCAGAUCCACCCCCGCAGUGCCUCGUAUGGCUACCUCUCAUGCACCGACUCGCUAAUGUAGAGAAUGUCUUCCAUCCAGUGGAAUGUUCUUAUUGCCGGAGUGAGAGCAUGAUGGGUUUCCGCUACCGCUGCCAGCAGUGCCAUGGCUACCAGCUUUGUCAGAGCUGCUUCUGGCGUGGUCAUGCCAGCGGUCCCCAUAGCAACCAGCACCAGAUGAAGGAGCACUCCUCGUGGAAGUCCCCUGCAAAAAAGCUCAGCCAUGCCAUCAGUAAAUCUCUGGGCUGCAUGCCGAUCGGAGAGCCGCCUCACCCUGUGUUCCCAGAGGCAUCGGAAAGACCUCAGGACCUCGCACACACCACUCGGCUGAGGCCAGUGGCCGACGACAUGAACGAUACGGUUCUCAUUUCCUCCGGGGCGCCCACACCUUCAAAAAGCACUCUUGAGAGUCCCAGCAGACUGGAUGAAGAGCAUCGUCUGAUCGCGCGAUAUGCUGCUCGUCUGGCAGCGGAGGCCAGCAACUCCACCCAAUGCCCUCCAACUGAUCUGAGUUUCAACUUUGACGCUAAUAAGCAACAGAGACAGCUCAUUGCAGAACUAGAGAAUAAAAACAGGGAGAUCCUGCAGGAAAUCCAGCGUCUGCGUCUAGAACAUGAACAGGCUUCUCAACCCACUCCAGAGAAAGCCCAGCAGAACCCCACUCUACUGGCGGAGCUACGACUGCUGCGGCACAGAAAAGACGAGUUGGAGAGGCGCAUGUCGGCCCUGCAGGAGAGCAGGAGAGAACUGAUGGUCCAGCUGGAAGGUCUUAUGAGGCUGCUGAAGGAUGAAGAGCAGAAACAGGCGGCUCAGACAGGGAGUUCGCCCCAUUCAUCUCCCAGCCACAGUGCCAGCUGCACCAUGCCAAUGCCCAUCCGCUCCACCUCAGCCGGCUACCCCACACACACGCCACAGGACUGCCUGGCAGGGGUCGGGGAUGACGUGCUGGAUGCCUUCUCUCAGGGUGUACCAAGAAAUCUCCGUAAUGAUCUUUUAGUGGCUGCAGACUCCAUCACAAACACCAUGUCGUCACUAGUGAAAGAACUUCACUCAGUGGAUGACGGUUUGGAGGAAGAGGAGGAGAACAUGCGAAAUGGAAGAGAGAAGGCUGAGUCAGAGUAAAAGAAUAUAGAAUAUUUCAUUGUCAUCGCUGAAGCAUUCUGGGAAAAGGCACCCCACCCCUUCAUUCUAAGCCCCAGGAACGAAGCGGCGGCAUCAAAGGCUCUCUGGCAUUCGGCACACAGACAAAUGCAUGCUCUUCCCCAACAGGGUUUCACUAUGUGAAACAAACUCUUCAUCACACCUUGCACAGAGCAAGUUGUAUUUAAUAGGAAGUAUAUAAAUAUAAAUAUAUAUAUAUAUAUAUAUAUAUAUAUAUAUAAAUAUAGCUCUAUGUCUAUCUGUAUAAACCCAUUGUUAUCACAUUACCCAUGAGAAUGGCUUGUUUGUGCUUUCUUAAAAAACCUUUUGUGAUUACUACUCUCUGAAACGAACGCACUGUGCAUCUUCACGACGUCACUCAAAUCGAUCUAUGCUGUAGCUAUUUUUCCAGGCGUUCCCCACACAGGAAGCUUUUUUAGUGAUUUCUUUGUGUUUUGAUGCAUGGAAUGGCUCUACUGGAUAGGUGGAGAGGGCUCGUAUUUGCUCUGCAUGUGACAUUUAUUCUGACCGACUCCGAGCGAUGCCUGCUCCGUCGCUCUUCUGCUCAUCGAACUGCUGCUUCUGCAUCACACUUCUGCAUCCGAAAAGCCACCAUAUAUCAGGGACGUCUCGUAGAGCCCGCGGCCUGCCUGGGAUUUCCGCUACCGUGUUAAGUUCAGCCCCGUCGUUGUGGCCGUCGUUUUAGCGCUUCGGUAUCGCCUCUUAGUUUAGAGUACCGCAUACGCAUCUCUCUGUAUUUUUGGAGAGCAUAAAAGGGACUUUAAUGGAAUACGGAUGUAUGUUUUCCGUGUAUCCAUAAACCAGCUUAGCCAGCCAUCUUUGAGUGCACACGUCUCUGUAAAAGUUACUUCAAAAGCUUUAUUGAGUUCAGUUAUUGUGUACACUCGUGUGAAAUAAAUGAAACCAGUGCUCAGGGACUGUCGAGGGAGGAACGUGGUAGCAACGCUUGUGAACAAAUGGGUGGAAUUUGCUUUGACACCACAAAGGUCAAAUGUCAAAGAUUAGCACAGGUCAUAAAAACUUUAUGGGACGGCUGAGUGUAGAAAAAAGGACUGUUGUGUGGAUGCCCAUCUCUGCCGCAUAAGAAAAAAAAUGCUUGGUAAUUCUGAAUUAUGGCAUGCUAAGUCGUAACUGUUUGAUAAAAAGUCAAAACUACUCCAUAAAGAGUUCAAAUGACGAGGUAACAGCCACAAUUAUGAGUUGAAAUUAUGAGGCACAAUGUAAUUAUGACAAUUCGACGUUAAGAUUAAAGUCCUGUCAUUCAGUUAUGCUAUAAAAGCACGAAAAAUAGUACAAAUAAGUCUUACAUAAGACAUAACUGUGACAUGCAAUGAUUUGAAAGGAUGGCAUGCCAUAGCUAUGAGAUAAAAAGUCAAAUCUACGUCACAAAAAGUCAGAAUUACGAGAUUAAGUUUAAAAUUAUAACGUAAAUUAAUAAGAAUUACGACGGGUUAAAAAUGGCAUGAGUACAGUUGUCAUAAAAGCAUAAAAAAAGGAUAAAAACAAAAAGAUUCUAACAUAAAACAACUAUGACAAAAAGUCAGAAAAUGGAUUCAAAUUAUAGUCAGAAAUUAAAAUCAAGACAUAAUCCGGUGGAGAUUGACACACUAAGGCAUAAAUAUGAGAUCAAAUUCAAAAUGAUGUGAGUGAAACUGACAAAGUAAUUAUGAGAUAAAACUCUAAAACUAUGAGAAAAAGUCGUGACCGACAAAAGUUAGACUUUUUAUCUCAGAAUUUCUGUAUUUCUCAUAAUUAUGAUUUAGUAUAUCAUAAUUUUGUCUUUUUUUUCUUAUGUGAAUGUAUGGCUUCCACAGUGCUGCGCAUCAGACGCGGACACGCCGUUAUAGGAAGAAGACGUGCAUAGCGUCUAAAGCUUUACUGUCGAGAGGAACGGAGUUUGACUUACUGUACUUGAAUCAGAAGGAAUUCAGGUUCAAUAAUUACAUUUAUCUAAUUAUUAUAAGUAUGUAACUGUGUUAUACUUGUGAUUCGUCCUUUGUUAGUUUGGUUUCAAAUACGAAACAGUAACCAUUAUUUAAAAAAAACAAACAAAAAAAAACAUUUUGUUUAUGACUGCUAACAUCUGAAUGUUAAAUUAGAUAAAUCCAGUUUAAAGUGAGUUUUGGUGUAGAAUAUUAAGAUUCUUUGACGUUCACGAGGGGUCACUAGCUGAAACGAUUCGUUCGCUGUUUAUUACUUUUCUAAAACGCUUGUAAUUCUGCAUAAGGAAGUCUUUUGGACGGCUAACAUGAACAGUGAGGUCUCGUUCAGUGUGUCACACUGGGAAAAAAAAAAAGCGUUGCUUUUGUUAUAGUGAGUGCAAUCAUAUAGAUUUGCUUUUUCAAAUCGAGAUUUUACAUAUCAUAACGCUUGUUCCGUGUUUCAAAGAAAGGGAUAUACAAUGUAGUCGGGAAUUUAUCGUUAUCGUUUAAGCUUGGACGGCGGCGUGUGAAAUAUACUCAGAUGGCAAGUUUGAAAGUUUGGUUAUGUUACGACAUUCGCUACAAAUAUGAAUGCAAUCUUCUGAUGUAGGUGUGUGCCUAGAUGUACUGUAUAAAGUGCUGUAAAAAAAAAUUAAAAUAUUCCGCACAUGUGCAAGUCAGCCCUUAGAUAGGAGUUUUAGUAUGUGACUUAGUCGGAAUGCAGUCAUUAUUUACCUGUGAUCUUUGGAAAAAAAAAAAUAUAUUGUUCUGCCUUUAAAAGUUGUGCCAAACUGUUUGCCAACCUGUAGUGUGUCCUUUAGGUAUCUGUUCUGUGUAUUUGUGCGUGUUAAACCACAAUUUAUUGAUUAUGAAUUUACCGAAGCAGUCCACCGAGAGGGUAACUAAUAACGGGGUGCCUUAAAUGGUUGAAACACAAUACAGUUUAAGCGGAAGGAACCCGGCUUGAAAUCAAUUUCAAGCAUCGUUGCGAAUUUAUACGUUACAGAUGGCCCUCCAGCGGAGGACCUCCUAUGUUAUCAAAAGUUAGACGAAACAAUAUUUCAAAGACGAAAAUCCGCAACAUCAGGUUUUCAUUUCUUUGACAACGCGUGAUUCCAAACUGUCGGUCGAAGCUACAAACACCGUUUAAUCCUUUCAUUUGAUGGUUUUGCUGCUGUGUACAAUCAUUGAUUGCAAUGGUUUACGUCCAUAUUUGCGUUUACGUCACCCCUAUGUCUUUUUGUAUACUAUUAAAGGGUAAAAUAUAUGAAAAAA